AUGUUAUGUGGAGAAUCUUCCUCAAAUUCCUAUUCCAAUGCACCAUUGCGAUGGAAGUACCAUGUUUUCUUGAGUUUUAGAGGAGAAGGUACACAUCUUGAUUUUACUCACAACUUGCAGGCUUCGUUGCAGCGAAAGGGAAUCAUAACUUUCAGAUAUGACAAAGACAAACAACUUGAGAAAGGAGAUGUGAUUUUGGAAAAACUCCAUAAAACAAUUGAAGAGUCCCUUGUUGCCAUUGUGCUUCUCUCCGAGAACUAUGCUUCUUCCACUUGGUGUUUGGAGGAACUACAAAAGAUUCUUGAAUCAAAGAGGGUGUUGGGGACAGAAAUUCUUCCUGUCUUCUAUGAUGUAAAUCCUUCUGAUGUUAGAUACCAGAAAAAUAGUUUCGCUAAGGCUUUGGAAGAACAUGCGAUUGAAUGUGAGGAGGACAAAGAGAAAGUGCAAAAAUGGAGGGAAUCCUUGAAAGAAGUUGCUGGUUUUUCUGGCUGGGAGUCUAAGAAUAUGUCUUACUUAUGGAAAAAAGAAGAGCUCAUUGACGAUAUUAUUGAAUCGGUAUGGACAAAGCUACGUUCUAAAAUGCCAUCUUACGAUGACGGGCUAGUUGGAAUUGAUUCAAGAGUUGAAAAAAUGGAUUCACUUUUAAGAAUAGAAUUGAAAGACGAGGUUCGUAUUAUAGGAAUAUGGGGCAUGGGUGGCAUUGGAAAGACAACUCUAGCAAGAACUGUAUUUAAGAAAAUAUGUGACCAAUUUGAUAUUAGUUGCUUCCUUGAAAAUGUUGGUGAAAUUUCCAAGGAGAGUGAGGGUAUGCUUAGCUUACAAAGAGCACUUCUUUCUCACAUUAAAAUAGAAAGCUUGAAAAUCGAAAAUUUGGAUGAAGGAAAGAGCACAAUACACCAGCUCUUGCACAACAAGAAAGUUCUCCUAGUCCUUGAUGAUGUUGACAACAUAAGACAACUAGAGAAUCUGGCUAAUGAACAGAAGUGGUUUGGCCCUGGGAGUAGAAUUGUAAUAACAACAAGAGACAUGGAAGUACUAAGAUCAUAUGGAACAACUAAAAGUUAUAAAAUUGAACUAUUAAAUUCUGAUGAAUCCCUUCAACUCUUCUACAAGAAAGCAUUUAAAGUAGAUGAACCACAAGAGCAUCGAUUGCAGUUGUCAAAAGUUGCUGUCCAACAAGCUGGUGGCCUUCCUUUGGCCCUUGAGAUGUUGGGGUCAUCCUUGUGUGGGAGAAAUGAAUCUCAAUGGAAAGAAUUCUUGGAUAUGAAAGAAUAUUCAAAGAAAGAUGUUGUGAUGAAGAACCUUAAAAUAAGUUAUGAUGGGUUGCCACCAAGUUAUCAGAAUUUAUUUCUUGAUAUGGCAUGUUUCUUCAAAGGGUGGGUAAAAGAGCAUGUGAGACAAAUUCUAACAAUUUGUGGCCGUAAUCCAUCAGUUGGAAUUGAAGUUCUAAUUGAUAAAUCACUAUUAACUUAUGAUGGAUUACGUUUGGAGAUGCAUGAUUUGCUUCAAGAAAUGGGAAGAAAAAUUGUUGUUGAAAAACAAGAAAGUCUAAUAGAUGCUAGCAAGCGCAGUAGAUUGUGGUCACCUGAAGACGUUGAUCAAGUACUGAAAAGAAAUAAGGAAAAUGAAUUGAUUGAAGGUAUAGUUUUGAAGCCAUCCACUCAGCCAUAUGAAGCAAACUGGGAUCCCACAGCCUUCUCCAAGAUGCAUAAUCUUAAAUUCCUUAUCAUUAAUUGUCAUAAUAUACAACUUCCACGUGGCCUCAAAUGUCUUUGCAGUUCAUUGAAAUUUCUUCAGUGGACGAAGUAUCCUUUGGAAGCUUUUCCGCUUGGUGUGCAGCUAGAUGAACUUGUAGAGUUGAGAAUGCUUUGCAGCAAAAUAAAAAAGAUCUGGGGUGAAAAUCAAUUUUUUGCAAUGUUGAAGCUCAUUGAUUUGAGCCAUUCCGAAUAUCUAAUUCAAACUCCUAUCGUUUCUGGGGUUCCAUGUCUUGAAAUUUUGCUUCUUGAAGAUUGCAUAAACCUUUUUGAGGUUCACCAAUCUGUUGGACAGCACAAGAAGCUUGUUCUAUUGAACUUGAAAGAAUGCAUAAAUCUUCAAAACCUUCCAAGAAAAUUUGAAAUGGACUCUUUGGAGGAGUUGAUUCUUUGUGGAUGCUCAAAAGUUAAAAAGCUCCCAGACUUUGGAAAGGAUAUGAAAUGUUUAUCAUUGCUUAAUUUGGAGAGUUGCAAAAAUCUUAUUUGCCUACCAAAUUCUAUUUGCAAUCUGAAAUCUCUUAGAAAACUCAGUAUUUGUGGUUGCUCAAAAUUUUCUACUCUUCCCAGCAAUAUGAAUGAAAAUGAGUCUUUGGAGGAACUUGAUGUCCGUGGCACUGCUAUAAGAGAAAUUACUUCAUCCAAAGUUUGUCUCGAAAAUCUCAAGGAGCUCUUAUUUGGUGGAAGGAAAGAUCUGCCAUCCAAUUCAUCACGGAACUUGUGUCAACGGAUCUUGAAUUUUUGGAAGCAAACAGUUUUGAAGCAGUUGAUCUUGCCUCCACUUUCUCAUUUUUCCAGCUUGAAGUUCUUGGAUUUAAGUUAUUGUAACCUUAAUGAUGAAUCAAUUCCAGAUGAUCUUGGAUCCUUAUCAUCUUUGUUGGGCUUAGAUCUAAGUGGGAACAAUUUUGUUAGUCCACCUGCUCAUUGCAUUAGUAAUCUUUCUAUGCUGCAAAGUUUGACCUUAACUGAUUGCCCAAUGCUUGAGUCUUUGCCUAUGCUUCCACCAAAUGUUCAAUGCUUAUGCACGGCUAAUAGUACCCAAAUGAAACCCUUGAAUUCAGAUGCAUAUAUGCUAUGGAAGAUCUUUGAGUCACAUACCAAUCAUGUAUAUUUUUUAUACACACCUCAUUCUCUCUAUCCUAAGCCCCCUACUACACCCCCUAAUUAUUUCCAUAAAGUUUUGGUUUCCCAAAUGGAAGAUAGGCCACAUAUUUGGUUCAUCAUUCCAGGGAAAGAAAUUCCAAAAUGGAAUGAACAACAUUUUCCAAUUGAUCCAUCACAUCACCCAUAUAACAAGUUGGGUUCUGAUUCAGUUGCAUCAAUGGUAGUGGAUGUACCUAACUCUUGUCGUUAUAGUGAAUGGUGGGGAAUUAUAAUAUGCAUAGCAUUAGAAUCUUUAAAUCUGCAGCUAUCUUCUCCAUCACAUGUGAGGCCAUCUUCCAUGGGCAACGAGGAAACAUGCAUUUAUUAUUGGAUCUGUAAAGCUCCUGAUGGUGAACCUGUUGACUUGUGUAUCCCCCCAGAACCAAAAUUUGGCCACCUAGUUUCUGAAUGCUGUGAAGAGAAAUGCCAACUUCAACUGACAUUUUAUGUGGAGAAUCUUUCUAAGACGUGGAAGCCAACAAUAAGGAAGUAUGGCUGUCGUGUUAUAUUUAAGGAAGAUGCUGAAGAUUGGUGCAAGUUUUCAAGACUAACAUAA